GCAUUAUCAUCACCAUUGGCGUUUGAUUCAGAGUUUCAAGCAAUGUUUUGCACUGUUUAAAAUAAUUACACACAAGCGAUGUGCGACUUUGACGCUUUGUGGGCGGAUGUACUGAGAAUCUUUCCGGUUUUGGGUGGAGCGAACGCUGUAUCCAAUGAUCCGGUUGAGGAGAAUGUAUUCCAAAAUGUUCGCCAGCACCUGAUGGUGUUGGGCAGCAUAGACACCUUCGCGGCGGUUGUGGACCUGGAAAUCCAGUCGACUAUUCGGAAUGUCCUGGUGCCCAAGUUCUGGAAGCACAUCCACGACGGCUUGGUCUCGUCUAAAUUGCAGGGCUGGAUUAACGACCAAGCUCUGGCCAUAGAAGCACUGCCCGAUAAGAACGGACUGUUCACCCAGUUCAUCGACGCCAUCAAUGAGCUGCAUGACAGCUUUCAGAGCCUGAUGCAGGUGAAGCCCAGGCUGAUCCAGCUAGUUGGAGCUGAGACAAAGCCCACCGCAAAGACGGUGAAGCUCAUGCAGGAGGAAGGCAUUAAGAACUGCUUAAGGGACUGCUUGCUGGCUCAACUGCCACCCAAUUUCAGUGUGGUCGUUGGGGCCUUCUACUGGGUGCACUUUAAGCUCUUCACCAAGGCCUCAAAUCUCGCAUUGACCACAGUUGACUCUGAUGUUUUCGAUGAGCUCCUCUGCGUUGGCUGCAACUUCGAAGCAGAGCAAUGCUGCUGCCAAAGGCUGACGGAUAUGGUUAACAAGACAAACAUGAAGCUCUUCGAGAUGAACCUCAUUGACCGUCUAACUGGGAGUGCUUUAACCGCUCUCAUCAAGCUUAAAAUCAAGGAGCACAUCAGCGAUACAUGCAUGGGAAUCUUCGACAGAAGUCAUCUUAAGCAACUGGAAACUUGGCUAUCGGAUGUCAUAAUGUCCUGGCUCACAAACAUAUUCACGGAAUGGAAGUCUAAGGAUAGCAUAAGCGAUAUCGAAGUUCCCGAGUCUGUAAAAUCCUUCAAAGUCAAACUGACUUACUUUAUGUACGAAACGUUUGCCCAAAGCGUUAUUGGUCAGUUCUUCAGCAUUAUAAUUGACUAUCCCGAUUCCAUUCCGGCUAUAGAUGACUUAAAGAUUUGCAUGGAGAAAAUAGAUAUGCGAGUCUACCUCACUGAAUCCCUUAGGAACUCGCUAGAGGCAAGGAUUCUGCAUCCUGGAGUCAACACCAUGGACAUAUUAACGGGUUACGUGGCAGCCAUCAAAGCUAUUCGCCAUCUGGAUAGUACCGGAGUCAUCUUAGAGAUGGUAACUGCUCCAAUCAAAGAUUACCUGCGGAAACGAAACGACACAGUGCGACGCGUAGUCACUGGGUUGACUGAAGAGGGGCCCACGGACUUAUCCGAGGAACUCGCCAAGGGAGAAACAAUUAAGGAAUGCAAGGACUCGGGUACCGAUGAGUUCAGCAACUGGGAAAAUUGGCAACCCGAUCCGUUUGGUAUAGAUGCCAGCAUUAUGCAGUACAACAGCUCGCGGAAGAUGAGAUCGGCCGACAUUAUAUCGAUGGUUGUAGACAUAUACGGCAGUAAGGAGUUGUUUAUGACAGAGUAUCGCAAUCUAAUGGCGGACAGACUGCUGGCCCAGUUAGAUUUUAAUUCCGAAAAAGAAAUUCGAAAUCUGGAACUGCUGAAAAUCCGCUUUGGCGAAUCGCUGCUGCACAGCUGCGAGGUGAUGUUGAAAGACGUAACCGACUCCAAGCGAAUUAACGCGCACAUCCACAGCGAUGGCGACCGAACUGAAAAUCAGUUGUUCGACAUCUCCUCGCUGAUUGUUUCUGCUCAGUUUUGGCCGUCCUUCAAUAAAGAAAGCCUCCAACUUCCUGAGGAGAUUGAGAAUGAGUUCAAGAAGUACACCAAGGCCUACGAGGCAUACAAGGGCAACCGUACGCUCAACUGGCGUACAGUGACUGGCCGUGUAAAUAUUGAAAUCGAGAUCGGUGACCGGACCAUGGAAAUGGUUGUGAGCCCCAUUUUGGCGGUUAUUAUAUACCACUUUCAAACUAAGAAUGAAUGGACUAUCGAGGAUCUUAGUUCCAUUACGAAAGUUCCAGCGUCUGCACUGCGGCGUCGUCUGAGUUUUUGGCAAAACCACGGAUUGAUCUCGGAAACGACACCCGGAAUAUUCACGCUGCUGGAAAAGGAAUCGGAGAAGUCUCAGUACGAGGACAUGAGUCUGGCAGAAGCUGACGAAGAGGAUUUGGAAUCCGCAAUGGCUUCUGCCAGCGAUCAAAGGGAAGAAGAACUCCAAGUUUUUUGGUCCUAUAUUGUUGGAAUGCUCACGAAUCUUGACUCCAUGCCAAUUGACCGAAUCCACCAGAUGCUGAAGCUGUUCGCCUCCCACAGCGGCGGAGUGGAGUUUACUCAGGAUGAGCUGAAACACUUUCUCCAGCGAAAAGUCAGGGAGCACAAGCUAAUAUUCUCGGGUGGAGUUUACCAAUUGGCCAAAUAAGUUUCGGAGAUCCAAAACCAAGUUGCAAACGACUGAAGGAAUCAUGAAAUAAAUAAUGAAUUAACGCG